UUCGACAGUGAUAAAGCACAAUUUUUUCUUGUGAUUGUUUGUGGUUCAACCAAAAACAAAGAAUAAAUAUGAAAAUCGACGAAAUAACAAUACUUUAGUAAUUUACUCAAGUGUUAACGUCAGUGAAUAAAAAUAUAUGUGGAAUUAGAAAAGGGAGAAAAUAAGAAGGUGGAGGAUAAAAGAAACUUACACUUAAUGUACAAAUGUAUCAAAGAUUCAGAAGAAAUGGCAUGAUAACAAAGGUUAUGGUUGCAUUGCACGAUAAUGCAAGGAAUAUUUAAAACGCACGAUAUCGAAAAGAACAUUUAAAUAAUCGGGGAAUUGAUCAGUAACAUAAAGAAUAUUUACAUCAUUCAGUAACAUAAGGAAUAUCUAAAUCAUAGAGUCACAUAAGGAUUGCUUAAAAAAAUAUCUGGCAAGACUGCAGGUUUCACGAAGAACUCUUCAAAGAGUGAAAAUGCACGCCCAGCGAUGUCCAAUGGCUAAACUUCGGGCAGCCAGCCAGCAGAGCCCAGAGGUCUUAGAUCAAGCCACCAAGCAUAAAAGUACCAAGACCAGCAUCCUACCUUCAGUGAUCAAACGUGUCACCGAGAGAAAAAAGAAACAUGAGAAGUUUCGUCGAGGUCAGCGAAACCAUUCAGCCAGGAGCCAAGAGAGGCCUUCGUUCUUUCAGAAGCUGCAUGGAGAUGCCGCUUCAUGUCUGCCGCCUCGACCUCAGAUGUAUAGUGAUGACACUUGGAAGACAAACCAAUGCAGAGUUGUUUCACCGGUGACACAACAGAUAUUCUACAGUGAUGCUGCUCACAAGUUACUGCUGCGUACAUCUGGAGAUCAGCCUCUUAUUUACAACGAGAACUGUGAAGUUCAUGGCCGCAAUAGCUCUCAUUCCUCCAGUAUGUCAAAGAGUGUGAGCUGCUCUUCUGCGGUUCAUUCACAACCCAGGCAGAACGUCAGUGGCGAGCGGCUGAAGAACUGGCGUCGGAAUUCUUUCACCUUCACAACAGCUAGUAAGGUUUACAAUAACGCGACCGCUCGGAGGCACGUAGAAGCUACCCAUCGAUCGGUUUCUUUAGAACAAGAUUUACAAUGCUUGCCGUCAACAGCCAACCAAAAAAGAAAUAAGCCCCGAAAAUCAACCUCGGUGAGUUCCAGCCUUUCUUCUGCUGUGCCUUCAUCAACUUCAUUUAUUAAAAGCGAUGCUGCCUUCCAUGAGGACCAUAACAGAAGGUCGCACUUUAGGCGGGCAUGGUCGCUCUUCUCCAUAGCAUGCAACGAGGUUGAAAAGGAGAAGCCUCCGCCCCAGAAAAUCCUCCGGCAGCCGACGCGGCACGUUUAUCGCAGAGGUAUAUCUGGCUUACCGAUAGAGUGUACCAAUAGACAUAUUAUAUUCUCUUGACAAUUACGGUGCCAUUUUUAUUAAACGCGCACCGUCUGUGAAAUACUUAGUAGGUGGGUGGAAUGUUAAGAGGCUGUUAAUUACAUGACUGGAAAAGUUAACUUUCCACCGAAGUCUCAUGUAGUUAAUUAACCCCACAAUUUCCUUAUUGCAACGCCUACUUAAUAUAUUUACUGAUAAUCUUCUCAAAGAACGUCCAACAAAUAAAGCAAACAAAAAAGUUGUUUUAAACAUAAAAAUUGCAUGCUGAAGUAUUGUACAAAUUCAUUAAUGUUUACUUAGCAAAUUUGACAAAUUAAAAAGUUGUCUAAUAACACGAAGGCCAGUCACUAAUGUUUUGUUCAUUGACAGUAAUACCAGAGGCAGUACAGAUGUUCAGAACCUCGUUGUUCAACAUAUCGUUCAACAUAUCUCUCACUGGACCUUACGGUUUUUACUUACGAAUGGAGGAGGACUCGAACGGAGGUUCUUGCAUGUAACAGGUCCAUCGCUGUCCCGAAGAAUGAAGCUUACAAUAGGGUGGUUUCAUAAAGAGCACAUUUGUGACAAGUUUGUAUCAACAUGAUCAACUGAGACCCU